UAUAAUUUAAUACACUGCACACACACACACUCUCACAACUGAUCCAUAUAAUGAACAGAAAAACCAUUUAAAACGCUUCGUCUGUUCUAAAUCCAAAAUCCUAAUCCUCUUUCUUUGCUUUUCUUUCUCAUACCACUGUUUUUCUCCCAACACCUCUCGCCGACAGUGUAACGGUCUGCGGUGGCCGUUCCCGGCGCCGUCGCCGAUCUCUUCCAUAUUCCGCCUCCAGAUUUACCUCUGCUCCUUUCAUUUAGGAUUCCGACUAUCAUUUUCUUUUUUUUUUCUCGUUCUCUUUCUUCAACGCAAUACACUCAUUUCUAGGGAUACAAAAUGAUUGGAUCCUUUCUUACGUGGGCGCUUGCGAUGGUCUUUGGCUAUGCUUAUCCAGCCUAUGAAUGUUAUAAAGCGGUUGAAAAGAAUAAACCGGAAAUUGAACAACUCCGCUUUUGGUGCCAGUAUUGGAUCUUGGUGGCCGUUUUAACAGUAUGUGAGAGGGUUGGUGAUACUUUUAUAUCAUGGGUCCCAAUGUACAGUGAAGCUAAGUUGGCAUUUUUCAUAUUUCUUUGGUAUCCCAAAACUAAGGGAACAACAUAUGUGUAUGACUCCUUCUUCAGACCAUAUGUUGCCAAACAUGAGACAGAGAUUGAUCGCAACUUGUUGGAACUGAGGACAAGGGCAGGGGACAUUGCAGUUUUGUAUUGGCAAAGAGCUUUCAGUUAUGGUCAGACUAGAAUAUAUGACAUUUUGCAAUUUGUUGCUGCACAAUCGACUCCAGCACCUCGACCUGCUCAGCAACGCCCAGGUGUGAAGGUCCGUCAACCAGCACCUCCAAAUCACCAACCAGCUGCUGCAACGGAACCACAAGUUGAGGAACCUCCAUCCCCUACCUCUAGCACAUCUUCGAGUCAGCUCCAGAAGGAAGUAGCAGAGGAAUUGGAUUCUCCAAAAGUUCCUAAAGCAGCCACAUCUGCAACAGGUUUAAGUACUCAGAAAUCGGGUGGAGCUGGUUUGAGUACUCAAAAGUCUGGUGGUACUGGUUUGAGUACUCAGAAGUCUGCUGGAGCUGCUUUGAGUACUCAGAAGUCUGCUGGAGCUGCUUUGAGCACUCAAAAGUCUAAUGUUGCGCCUGAAACAAGCAUUCAGUCUGCACCAGCAGAGUCGGACGCAAAGCAGGUCGAAGCAGGAGCACCAUCUUCAUCUUCUUCAGUUAAUGAAAAUGGGAAUCCUCCUACUCCUACCAAAGAAACCAUAAUGGAAGAAAGCAUUCGGUUAACACGUGGCAGACUAAGAAAAACCCGAUCAGCAGGAACUCGCUAGCACGCUGAAUAUUGUCAAAUUUUAGCAUGAAAUAGGAAGUAGGUGGACGAUGAUGAGUAUUGAAUUGUUGUAGAACUUGAUGUAAAUCUGUUUUCCCAAGUUUCCAUUCCAUUUGUUGCUUCAUUUUAUAUAUUUUUUUUUUAUCAAUUGUGGUGGCAUGGAAGCAUUGUAGCCUGAUGUCAUUAUAUGGACUUAGUUUCCAUCGAGAUGUUUGCAUCGGCUGCUUUUGUAUAGCUGGUCUUCAUGUUGGUGUAACAGUAUUACCAAGUUUUUCAUUACAGGGAAGGCAGAAUAAUUUCAUUAA